AUGGCUAUGCUUUUUCAAUUAUCACAACGAUUUCCACAAACGGCAGAUGUUUGGCAUAUAGGCUACCCAUCAACUGUGAAGAAACCAAUACUUUGGAUUGAAGCAGGGAUCCAUGCACGAGAAUGGAUUUCACAUUCCGUAGCUCUCUACCUUCUUCACGAUUCAUCUUAUAAACGACUUCUUCGUGAAAUCGAUGUCAUCGUGGUGCCGAAUACAAAUCCUGACGGUUACGAAUUCAGCCGUGAAAGAAAUAGAAUGUGGAGAAAAACGAGCCGAUUUAGCCAAUUAUGCAGUGGAGUCGAUGCAAACAGAAACUAUCCGUUCCACUUUGGCGAGGAAGGAGUUAGCCAUUGGCCCUGCCAGGAGACCUACUGCGGCCGAGUUGCACUCAGUGAGCCGGAGGUAAUGGGAUUAGCUGCAGCAAUUUUGGAAAGGAAACAUCAAAUCCGAGGUUACAUAGCGUUGCAUUCGUUCGGCCAGGAUAUACUGUAUCCAUGGGGACAUAAGAUUAACGAAUAUCCGCCUGACGUAGAAGAUCUUAAAUCGAUGGCCAAUGGGAUUGCAUCCGCCAUAUAUUCCGUUUACGGUACACCUUACCGUGUAUCAAACAGUGCUGAUGGAUUGUAUCCGGCAUCAGGAGCUGCUGACGAUUGGGCAAAAAGCAUCGGUAUCAAAUAUUCAUUCACUUUCGAGCUGUCUCCAACCACUAUGCCAGGAUUCCUCUUACCAGAGGCGUAUAUUCCACGAGUUACACGGGAGGCUAUGGAAGGUAUCGUUUAUAUGGCCAGACGGAUACGAGCAGAAGAAGCUGGCCGUCUUCUUAACGAUAUCCUUACUUCGAGGCCUAUUCGAAGACGAGCUCAACGCCGAAGUGGAUAG